AUGUCUGCCUCGAUCACCACAGACGUCAGCAACUAUGGGGCUAAGGGAUAUGGCGACUCAAGCCUUAAAAUGAAAGCCUUGACCUGGCAAGGGAAGAAUUCGGUCAAAGUUGUGGAAACGGCUCGCCCGAGGAUCAUCGAUGAAGGCGAUAUCAUACUUAAGGUGACGGGCAGCACCAUUUGUGGGAGUGACUUACACCUGUUCCAUGAGGCCAUCCCAGAUCUCCAGAAAGGUGAUAUCCUCGGCCACGAGUUCUGCGGUGUUGUCGCAAGCGUGGGGCCGGCAGUCAAGAAGUUUACCGUAGGCGACCGCGCUGUGGCGUCCUUUCAGAUUGCCUGUGGAAAGUGUUAUUAUUGCAAGAAGAAGUUGUCCUCAAUGUGUGAGCGGACUUGUUCGAGCGAGGAAGCCAGUAAGCUAUAUGGGCGUCGAACAGCUGGCAUGUUUGGAUACUCGCACUUCACAGGAGGCUUUGCUGGUGGACAAGCGGAAUACGUUCGCGUCCCUUACGGUGACGUGAAUCUCCUUCAGCUGCCUGACGACGUCCCCGAUGAAAAAGGCCUCUACCUUUCUGAUGUGCUGGGAACAUCCUGGAACGCCGUUGUUGACACAGGUGUUGAGCAAAGUGACACUGUGGCAAUCUGGGGAGCUGGCCCGGUUGGGCAAAUGGCCGCUGAAUUCAGCUUCUUCAAUGGUGCUAAUAGGGUUAUACUUAUUGACGGCGGCCCUGGAAAAUGGCGACUAGACUUUGUCAAGAAGGUUCUACCCAAGCUCGAGACAAUCGAUUAUACGAACCUCCUAAAGGGGGAGUCUGUUACCUCCACUCUGAAGAAAAUGUGCGAUGGCCGUGGACCAGAUGUGGCGAUUGAGUGCGCCGCUGGUGAGUAUACGAAAGGAUGGGCUGCUUACUUUGAAAGAUUACUAGGCAUGGAAACUGAUACGUCUGAACUCCUCAAUGAGAUGAUUACGUCUGUCCGUGGGUUCGGGCGUUGUGGUGUCACAGGCGUAUAUACUGGCUAUUGUAAUCACUUCAACAUCGGUUCCUUGAUGGAGACUGGGGUCCUUCUCGCUGGCAAUGGACAAGCUCCUGUGCAAAAAUACUGGAAUGACCUUUUGAAGUAUAUCCAGCAGGGGAAGAUCCAUCCCCUGCAUAUGGUCACCCACCGGUUCAAGCUCGAGGACAUGGAGACGGUCUAUGAUUUAUUCAAUAAGCGCGACCCGGGUAUGCAGAAGGUUUUUAUCCAGACAAAGUUUUCUGCCCCUCCAGCACCAGAAGCACCCGCUUUAUCAGAACUCUGA